GUGUGUGUGUGUGUGUGUGUGUGUGUGUGUGUGUGUGUGUGUGUGUAUGUGUGUUUUUGUGAGAAAGUGUCUAUGAGGUGACAGUCGCUGCUAGCUUUCACACAACAAGGAAGUAGAAGAUAUAUCGCUCAACUGAAGGCACAACCAUCACAAAAUCUUCGACUGUCCCGUCCGAGAUCCCUUUUACUCGCCCCUCUCCCUGUCUUGUCAUCUUCUCAGACUCCGAUUCUCCGUCCAGCUCCAGCGCAUUCCGUGUCAGACAUGUGUCCUCUUGCUGAUGAUCUCCCAGGAGUGUCCUCUGAGAUGUAGUUGAGCAGAAGCACCAUGUCUGCAUGUACCCCAUCAGCCUCUUCAUCCUGAGCCCACAUCCGCUGCCGUCCUGAGAUUGUCAAUAUCUGUGUACAAACAUGGCCGCUGUUCCUCCUGGGAUUCGCAUGCUGGUGUCCUUCGACAGGGACCAGUGGUACAGAGCGCUCACAUUCAUCCUCACCUUCCUGUCAUACACCAGCUUCCACCUCUCCAGGAAACCCAUUAGCAUCGUCAAGAGUGAGCUCCAUAAGAACUGCUCCUCUGUCAGUGAGAUCGCCACCUUAGCCUCCAGCAGCGGCAGCCCGCAGCCCCCCCCGCAGUCCCACCACACAGACAUGGACUGUAGCUGGAAGCCUUUCGACAAAAAGAACUACAGACAGCUGCUGGGAGCCAUGGACUACUCCUUCCUCUGUGCCUACGCUGUGGGAAUGUACCUCAGCGGCAUCAUCGGUGAGCGCCUGCCUAUCCGCCUGUACCUGACCGUGGGCAUGCUGAGUAGCGGCCUGUUCACCUGCCUGUUUGGACUGGGUUAUGUCUACAACAUCCACAGCAUGGGCUUCUAUGUGUGUGUGCAGGUGGCCAAUGGCUUAGUCCAGACCACCGGCUGGCCCAGUGUAGUGACCUGCAUCAGCAACUGGUUUGGAAAAGGAAGGCGGGGACUCGUCAUGGGGCUGUGGAACUCUCACACCUCAGUCGGAAACAUCCUGGGCUCUCUGAUUGCCGGCUACUGGGUCUCCUCCAACUGGGGCAUGUCCUUCAUCGUCCCGGGGAUCAUCAUCGCAGUCAUGGGCGUCGUCUGCUUCUUCUUCCUCAUUGAGCAUCCAAAUGACCUGAAAAGCAUGUAUGCUCAAAAUACGUCUCCAGGCAAGCGUGUUCCAACCAAGAGUUGGAACGGAAUAAAUGGACACACUGAAGUGUAUCAUCAAUACAAGGACAACCAAAACCAGGCGUACUGCUAUUAUGAGGAUAGUGUUCAAAACAGGAAGAGUUACGACACAGAGCUGUUGUUUGCCCGCGACAGUGUGUGUGUCCCCGCGCAGACCGUCGUGGUGGUGAAGAGGGAAUCCGAACCGUCCGCCAUCAGCUUCAUGGGAGCUCUACGUAUACCAGGAGUGAUCGAGUUCUCUCUGUGUCUGCUGUUUGCAAAGCUGGUCAGCUACACCUUCCUCUUCUGGCUGCCGCUCUACAUCACCAAGACCGCUCACCUCGAUGCAAAGAAGGCUGGAGAUCUCUCCACCCUGUUUGACGUGGGAGGAAUAGUGGGGGGGAUCCUGGCCGGCGUGCUCUCUGAUCCGCUGGGGAAGAGAGCCACCACCUGUGCAGUCCCGUGUUUUCUCUCUGUCCUGCAGCUGUAUGGCUUCUCCAUGAUCAGCGAGUUUGGGUUUGGGCCAACCAUCGGCAUGCUGCUGGUGUGUGGAGGGUUAGUCAAUGGACCAUACUCCCUCAUCACAACUGCAGUUUCUGCUGAUUUGGGCACCCACAAGAGUCUGAAAGGCAACGCCAGAGCGUUGUCCACUGUGACUGCCAUCAUCGAUGGCACAGGAUCUAUAGGUGCAGCACUGGGCCCCCUGCUGGCGGGGCUGCUGUCUGCAGGGGGGUGGGAUCGGGUCUUCUACAUGCUGAUGACUGCUGACUUCCUGGCUCUGUUGUGCUUGUUACGGCUUGUGACAAAGGAGCUGACAUCAUCUAAAUCCCCUCCCAUCUCGGCUGUAGAGUUGAAGGAGCUCUGAGCACUUUGAUUGCACUGCCUCCACGAUGAACGCACACACACACACACACACACACACACACACACACACACACACACACACACACACACACAGGUGUGUUGCUGUGCAGGGCUGAAGUGCAGCAGGGUUUCCUCUGCAGCACUCAUCCACACACACUGUAUGUGCAGACAGGAACACACACAUGCUUCCUGGUCAUUGUCUGGACCUAAGUUGACCUGAUGGCAGUUAAGUUGAGUGUGAACACACUACCUGUUCAUUCUACUUAGGAUUUGUAGAUAAAUAAAACUAGCCUUACUUUAAAGUCUAUCAGAACUAGAAGUGACUUGAAAUGUUUAUUUUGGGAGCAAUCUUUGAAACAGCAACUUCCAUGCAGGGGUCCGAAAAGAUCCUUCUGUACCAUCACUCUCCUUAUAAGCACACCAUACCUGAACUUACCAUAACAAUCUUUUACAUCUAUACUACCCAUACUAUUAUACCUAAAUGUGUAUGUUGUUCAAAAUCAGCUUAUAGAAGAAUGCUCUGUUUCAAAUUAAACUCCCCCCCCCCCCACUACAGCAGUUCCAUGUUUCUUCAAAGAACAGUAGUCCUACUUAGAAGAGUUGAUUGCAUGUUCUGUGGGUUAUUAAGAAUAGCACGAACACUGUCUCUGUAUCAACAGGUUGUAUUAAUAAUGUCCACAACUGUCUCCAUUGAAGGAGUAUGUGUGUCAUCACUUGCAGCGAUCUACGUUCACACUGUUGAGCUGGUGAUGAAAACAGAAAGAGAUGGACCCUUUCCCUCCUCUGACUUUAUGUGAGGAAAGAGCACAAACCAACACCACUACAUGUCCCAAACACCCCCCCCCCCACUGUGGAAGCUGCUGUUUCAAGGUCACCUUUGCCUUACUGAACCAAAGAGACUGUGGGUGUCAUGCUGUUAUUUAAAUAACACUACUUAUUUAAGUCCUUUAAUUUAUUCCUAUAUUUUGUGCGGUGGUCUCUGAGUUUGCUAUGAAAUGAAGGCACCAAAGUUGUAUUUUUAUGUAAACCUGCAGAUAAGGAUGUAUGUUUUUGGUGGGUAUGUGUUUGGGGAUCUAUAGGGAGAUAUUAUGAAUGUAAUGGUUUUUUCAAAUUUAGAUGACUGACUUGAUGUCAAAGUUCUUAUGGAUAUAUUUUGCUGAUACAUAAGGUUAAUGAGAAAUAUACUGGUAGUAUAUCUUCCCAUAUCUGAUCAUUCUUUCCAAGAUUGUAUUAAGCAUUUAACUAACUAUAUUCUGUUAAUGGAUUGGAUGUAAAAAUGGUAUCUAAGUAAAUGCACAAAACACAAACACAUUGUAAUGUUUGUACAUUUUUAUUGAAAACGUUGUGAUGGUAGCCUUGAGACAUCAUCAUGCCUUCCUCAGAACACAUGUUGUGUAUUUGUGCCAGUGGUAGGGACAGUACUUGAUACAUUGUGUGCCUUGUUUGUUGUUGGUCUUUUUGCUGGGCAGUUGAUUUUGUAAAGACAAAACAAAUCCAAAUGUUUGAUUAAGGAUGGACCUGCUUUGGGAAUGGUUCACUCCCAAGCAUUGAGUAAAAUAAAUAAACUUUUAAAAAAUGG